GUGAAUAUAAAAUUAUUAAAUGAAUUAAAAUGCAAUUAUUUUUUAAAUAAUCCUGUGAUGCGUGCUGUAAUAGUUUCUUUAAUAUUGACAAACUGUGUAAUUGGGUCUGACAAAUCAUAAAGACGUUUAAAAUAUAUAAUUAUAGACAUUAUCUCCGAGUAAUCAGUCCAAAACAAUGCAGAAUCAAUCGAAAGUACUUUUAAGGAAAAGUAUCAAAAAGCUCAUUCAAGAAAUAAGUGCCGAAAGCAAAAUAAAACAAUCAUCUGAUGUUAUGCAAAAGCUUCUUAAUAUGCCUGAGUAUCAAAAUUCAAAUCGCAUAUCAAUUUUUCUCAGCACUGAAAAUGAAAUCAACACAAUUCCGUUACUGUCGGUGAUGCUUGAACAAAAUAAGCAGAUGUUUGUUCCAACAUAUUCUGGAAAUGCAAUGAAAAUGGUGAAAUUGCAUGAUAUGAAGGAUUACGAGAAACUGCCAGUUACGAAAUGGAAAAUAAAACAGCCAGACUCAGACGAUGUCAGCCGAGAAAAUCCUCUGAUGACAGCUCCGCUCGAUUUAAUCCUUAUGCCUGGCGUUGCGUUUACUUUGAAGGGUGAUAGACUCGGUCAUGGAAUGGGAUAUUAUGACAAAUUUCUUAGUGACUAUUUCAAACGUUAUCCAAACAAUGAGAGUGAACAUAAAACACAUUUAAUUGGUCUAGCAUUUAAGGAGCAAAUUGUUGAAGAACUGCCAACUGAUGCUUUGGAUUGGACUUUAGAUAAAAUUGUGACGACAAAUUGACAAAUCAAUAAACGAUGUGAACGAAAAUUUUAAUAAAAAAUUGACAAAAUUAA